AUGAGAUUUCUGAUCGUCUUAUCUGCCAUGAUGGCCUGCACUUUGCUGCUCUGGCUGCCACCUCUGGCUAUGGCGGUCUGCUGCAGGCCCACACGCAUACGCUUCGCGGUGAUGCCGAGUAUCGAAGAGCGGAAUUGUAACACCUACGGUGGGGUGCCGGACAAGAGGCAAAAGACCUGCAAGGCAGCAAUCUGCAACAACGGCCAGCCUGUGGCGGGCCAGUGGUGCGGCAUAGGAAAGUGCAAUGCCACAGGCUGUCGCUGCAAGAACGGAUGCAUUAAACCACGAUCGGAUGCUGUGAGAACAUUCCUGGAUAAAAACGGACACUCGAAGUUUGUCUUUGUGCGAAGGGCCCCCGCUAUAGUAGACAACUAA